UGGCCCCGGGGCGUGAGUUACGGCAGCGAGCUCCAAAACAGCGCGAGACGGGGGGUGGAGGGGACACAGACUCACAGGACCAUAGAAACAAAUAUCUUUACUCCAAGAAGAGGGACAAGAGCACCUCAGGUGACUUGAAUCAGUUUUUUAUAAGGCUGCUCAGCGGGGUCGUAGUGGCAGUGCUCGGCUCGGCGCUCGAAGAAAGAAAGAUGCCCAAGCGAUUCCUCCCUCAGAUCUUCUUCGGCUUGUCUUUGUGGUUGGUAUUUACAGCACAGGCUCUGAUCUCCUCCGCCGCGACCUACAGAAGACUUGUGGCUGGAGGGAAGAGGCAAAGCUUUUUGGAGAGAACGUUAAUUUUACUAGAUGUCAAUACUCGAAGCCCAGUGAAGAUUUUGAAUGACAACUUCCUAUCGUUGCAAGUGGAUCCGUCCAUCCUGAAGAAUGGGUGGCUUGACUUUUUAAGUUCCAAGAGGUUAGUGACAUUGGCUCGAGGACUUUCUCCAGCUUAUCUGAGGUUUGGGGGCAAGAGGACAGAUUUCCUCCAGUUCCACAACCUGAAGAAUUUGGCCAAGUUUAGAGGACCAGGACCAGAUUAUUACCUCAAAAAUUAUGAGGAUGACAUUGUGCGCAGUGACAUUGCCCUGGACAAGCAAAAGGGCUGUAAGUUGGCCAGCCACCCCGACAUGAUGCUGGAGCUACAGCGCGAGAAGGCAGCUCAAAUGCAGCAAGUUCUGCUAAAGGAGCAACUCUCCAACCUCUACAGUGAUGUCACAAUAACAGCCAGGUCUUUAGACAAACUGUACAAUUUUGCUGACUGCGCUGGACUGCAUCUGAUCUUUGGGAUCAAUGCCCUGCACCGGAAUCCUGACAACUCAUGGAAUGCUUCCAGUGCCCUGAGUUUGUUAAAGUACAGUGCUGGCAAGAAGUAUAACAUAUCCUGGGAGCUAGGCAAUGAACCAAACAGUUACCGCACCAUGGUAGCUCGCUCAGUCAACAGCACUCGACUGGCUCAAGACUACAUUCUACUAAAGACGCUACUGCAGUCUGUACGCUACUACAGCCGAGCCAGUCUCUAUGGACCCAACAUUGGCCGUCCUCGCAAAAAUGCCAUCCUGCUACUGGACGGGUUCAUGAAGAACGGUGGUUCUGUUGUUGAUGCAGUUACGUGGCAACAUUACUACAUCGAUAGGCGAGUGACCAAAGUAGAGGACUUUAUGAAGACACGGCUCCUGGACACCCUGACAGACCAGAUCAACAAGGUGUUGAAGAUUGUGAAGAUUCAUGCUCCUGAGAAGAGGGUGUGGUUGGGUGGAGUUGGGCCUGCAUGGGCUGGAGGCAUCAACAAUUUAUCCGAUACAUUUGCUGCUGGCUUCCUAUGGCUCAACACUCUUGGAAUUUCUGCAAUGCAAGGGAUUGAUGUUGUUCUCCGACAUUCCUUUUUUGACUAUGGUUACAGUCACCUAGUGGACCAGCACUUCAACCCUUUACCUGAUUACUGGCUGUCUCUGCUCUUUAAGCGCCUCGUGGGCCCCAGGGUGCUGGCAGUACAUGUUGCUGGGCUCCAGAGGAAGCCACGCCCAGGAAAAGUGAUCAGAGACAAGUUGCGCAUCUAUGCACACUGCACCAGCUUCCACAAUCACAAUUAUGUCAGAGGAUCUAUAACAAUCUACAUCAUCAAUCUGCAUCGGUCACGAAAGAAAAUAAAGCUGGCUGGGACUUUACGAAAUAAAACAGUUCACCAAUACCUGUUACAGCCUUUUGGAGCAGAUGGCCUUCACUCCAAAUCUGUGCAGUUGAAUGGAGAGCCCUUGGCCAUGGUAGACAGUGACACAUUCCCGGAGUUAAAACCACGGACACUCAGAGCAGGGCGGACAAUAGCUAUGCCACCCAUUUCUAUUGGCUUCUACGUCAUCAAGAAUAUCAAUGCCUAUGCCUGUCGAAGAUAAUAUACACUCAGACCUCAGACAAUAAAGCGCAAUGCACCAGACCACUGUGGCACUCCUGAUGCCUCCUUGUUCUGUUGCAGCCCUACACAGAGACACUGAAAGGAAUGCCCUUCAUGCAAGCAAGGGUUGCACUGACUACCUUUCAAAAGCAUUGCUUGUUUUCUUAUUGUUCUGCAAGACUAACUGGACAAGUCUUGGAGUUUUUCCCAUACUGUUAUUUUUGCAAUGAACUAAGGUCAUGUCCCUUUAGUUUGUACUGUUUCUUUUUCUCUAUUUUGGGGAAUGUCAGGAGAGGACACAUCUUUGAUCAGUCCAUUGUUUAUUUUGUCUAGAUAGCUUAGAGGAUAAUCUAAGAUCAACUCUAGAUAAAAUUCAAAAGUCUGUGACAAUGCUUGCUAACACUAGUUGUGUACUAGGUUAGCUGUGGGAGAUGGUACACAGUCUCCUUACACCUCUCUGUAUGUGCUCCUUCCUUAUGUUCUUUUAUGGAACACUAAGCCAGUAGGAAAAAAGGAAGGCUUAGCUGUGGGCAAAAAGCCAGGUUCUCUAUCCAUUAUCUCAGUGCAGUAAAUCAAAUCUCAGCAUCUUAAUCCUUGCCAUCAUAACUUAUAGACUUUUAUAAACUAAAAAACUUUCACCUUUUAACCCACCCCUCAAAAGAUAAAAGUAAAGUAAAAAGAAAAAAACCUGCUAGUGUUCAAGUUUUUCUUUUCACCUAUUGAAUACUGUAGCCUGAACUGUAGGGAAGUAAUGUCACUGAUGUACAUUUUUCACUAGCCCAGUAUCAUUAUAUCAUUAUUAUUAUAUUUUAUAGUGUUUGAAAACCUAUACUGUACAUAUUUAACUGAAUCUAAAAUGUCUAUGUGAUCCACUAUCAUCAGGCACAAUGCAUGUCAGUUGUUUUACAAAUAGCUAAAUUUUGAGGCAGGGUAGUAUUUUUUUUCUUCCACCUUCAACCUCAAUAGGCUCACUGAGAGCUAGGAAUAACAAAAAAUGUGACAAUGGAAAAAGUGUUUUCCAUUUGUGUGGAGCUGUAGAAAUAAGUAAAAGUUGCGUGUCAUGUAGUCAUUUUGUAGCUUACACUAUUGGUUCUACACUUGCACGUGUUGUUACACACAUAUGGUACAUUGCUUUUUGCCACAGCACUGUAAGCCUGUGUUCCAACUGAGCUACCUAAUCUCAGGCUCAUGUAAAAAAUCUCUAUUAGAACUGUACCCUGCACUACCUUAUAGAGUAUAUUGUGUAGACAAAUGUACAGUCAAUCCUUUGUGCUGCUAGGUGUAUGGUGAAUACUAAGCUUGAUAAGUAGCAAAUUGUUUUGAAUAGUUUUGAGCAUAAUUGUUCUGUGUACAUAGGUUUGUCAUAGAUUUGUAGGUGUGUACUUAUAUGUUCUUUGCAUAUAUUAUUUAUAAAAGCUAUAUAUGUGUAUAUAUUCCUGCUGAAGGAAAACCUUUGACUUUUUUAGGUCAAUUAACUGUUUAUCAGUCAGUUCCUUCUGCAUAUGACAGAGCCCUUAACCAAGACUAGUGGGGACUUAUUUUUGGCAAUGAAAAUGUAGUUGUCAGAAUGAAUACCUGUCCACAUGUAUAAUACAGGAUUAUACGUUGUAUGGAGUACUUUACAAUCUGAUGCUAAAAUGUUGAGAUAGAUGAUCUAACUGUAAUUACAACUGUCUUAAGUAAAUGAAAGGGAAAGUCA